CCGAAGCCUUUGUGCGCCGCGGGCUUCGCCGACGGCAGCGCCAUGAGCGGCUCGGGCGGGGCGGCGGCGUCCGCCAGCUCCGUGCCGCCCGCGCAGGAGGAGGGCAUGACGUGGUGGUACCGCUGGCUGUGUCGCCUGUCGGGGGUGCUGGGGGCCGUCUCUUGUGCAAUCUCUGGCCUCUUCAACUGCAUCACCAUCCGUCCUCUGAACAUUGCGGCCGGCGUGUGGAUGGUCAUGAACGCCUUCGUCCUGUUGCUGUGCGAGGCGCCGUUCUGCUGCCAGUUCAUUGAGUUUGCAAAUGUGGUGGCUGAGAAGGUGGACCGGCUGCGCUCCUGGCAGAAGGCUGUCUUCUACUGCGGGAUGGCCGUCAUUCCCGUCAUCAUCAGCCUGACCCUGACCACGCUGCUGGGCAAUGCCAUCGCCUUCGCCACGGGGGUGCUGUACGGACUCUCUGCUCUGGGCAAGAAGGGCGACGCAAUCUCCUACGCCAGGAUCCAGCAGCAGAAGCAGCAGGCAGAUGAGGAGAAGCUGGCGGAGACGCUGGAAGGGGAGCUGUGAUGUGGUCGGGUGCCGCCCUGCCUGCCCGCUCUGCUGGCUCUGUGCGAGAAUAUCUGGAGGACAAGGCCUGGAGUGUCGACCCUGAGGGACGCCUCCUGCAUGUGUCCCCACCCAGAGCUCUCCUGUGAUGCCUCUCUCCAGAUUGGCCUGGGCCGCAGCACUUGAGGCAGAACUGAGCAGAGCCUGCAGCAGUUCUGCACCACCAGCCCACCUGGCCCUGCUCCUCCCACUGGCUUAGCUGGAAACAGGCUGCUGGCUGGUCUGCAGACUUCCCACUGCUGGUGGUCAGCCCCAGGCCUGGGAGCAGCUUCCCCGGAGACGCUGGUCCUGGCUCAAGGGGGAGACAUGUCAACCUGGCUCCUGCGCCCUGUCCCAUGGGCCUGGGCACUGAACAGAGAUAGCCUCUUUCCAGCUCUCCCAGCAGGUGGAGCUCCCAGGGCUGCCUCUAUCCACUGUCCUCAGGGUGGGCAGUGGGCAGAGGAGUGUCCUGAGACUGCUGUUGCCUGCAGCCUGCCACCACUGCCCAAGGGUAUGGGCCUGGCUGUCACUCUGCCCUCCAAGGGAGCUUGUGGUGCUCCUAAGAUGCCCCCUCCUGUACCUGGGACAGUGGCCUUGGCAGUGACUGGACAGUUGGGUGGGGAGUGGGCCUGCCCCAGUCCCUGGAACCUUGGAUAAGCCCUUCUAAGACACCUUAGCUGUCCCAUUCCGGUGGGCCUGGCCCGCCCACUCCCUGCCCCAGGCCUUGGUGCUGAGUGGGGGGAGCAGGCUCCCUAGCACCCAGGGAGUGCCCACCUGCCUCUCUGCUGUGGUCCUGCCCAUGUCAGCAGGGGCCGAGCCCCAUUAGCAGGGCUGGGCUUACCCACCUCAGGUACUCCUGCUGCCUGCCCCACCCCUGUCCUCAGGGCACAGCUAUCUUUUGAGAGCUGGACACAGGGCAGAGCCCCUGCCCCACAGAGCUGUCCCCACUGUUCAGGGUGCCAGGCCACCAGGAGCAAGACCUGCACGGGGAGCGGCCCUCUUGGAUGUGCACAGUGUAUCUCCAUCUUCCCCCGUGCCACGUCUCGCUCUCCCGCCCCGUGACCUCAGCCCCUGGCUGCUCUGCCUGCUGGGCUGAUCUUUGGCCAUUAGACGUGUGUCCGGCGGGGUCGGUGUUCCAUCUGGGGCCCAGCUCCCAGUCUUCCCCCUCCCCAGAUGCCAGGCUGGGCCUGCUCUGGGCUCCUGGGCUCAGGGACUGGGUCUUGUAUGUGGAUACCAGCCCCAGGGCUGUGCCCAGGUCUGUGUUUCCCAGAGGGACCUUUGAGGCCCAUCAGUGUUUGAGGCCAGGAGCAGCGAGCUCUCAGAAGUGGAGGCUCUUUGGGCGCUGCUCAGAGCUGCCCUGGGGACAUGGCAUUGGGCUCCCAGGUCAGCAGCAGCCCUCCCGGAAGUCAGAUGAGGCUGAGCCCCAGGCUGGCAGGGCUUUGCAGUGUGGCCAUAGGGCAUGUGCCUUCAGGUUUCCUCUAGGGCCACCUUCCUCAGGCCAGUGCUGGGUUUAAAGGGCUGUGUGUGUGUGUGUGUGUGUGUGUGUGUGUGUCUGUUUGUCUGUCUGUCUGUCUCCUGCGUGUGCAGUGAAUAAGACCUGUCUACCUCCCAGAAGGAGCAAGGGCCUUGCCCACCUCUCUCUGCUCAUUCUUACCCAGGUAGUGGGACUCGGGGGUCACUUCUGCCGGGGGCCUCUGCCAGAGGGGCUAUGCUGGCUGCAGCAGGGGGUGGCCCUGUGUGUCAAGGAGGCCACACUACCUCGUGGAGAAAUCGGGUGGGUGCUGGGCAGGCUGUGGGGUGGGGUGCUGAGGUGGAAAGGCCCUCAGGGCACAUGGGCCAGGGCAGGCAGGCACUUGCCCUGAGGUUCCCAGCAGGUCUAUAGCUGAUCAGCCCCCUACCCUGUCUUCCGGGGGGGUCCUGCCUUGCAGAGUGACUCCGAGUGGCCGAGGGGCCCAGGCCGGCUGGGCUGCCAGGUGCCACCCCUGCCUGUGUGUUUGGACUCUGUCUUUGUGCAGCUCUCAGUCUACUCCUGGCUGACCUGUUAGCUCGUGUUUUGAGCAAUAAAGUGAGGCUAUAGCUGGUGUG